AUGAAACCAUUCACAGAUGAAGAUGUAGAAAUCUACAUCCAGAGCAAGGUGGAGCCACGCCAUUAUCUGGUCUCCAAAACAGUGGAGGAGGUGCAGAAAAUCAUCCAGCAACUGACCACAGAAAUCAGCUAUAAGGCCACACGAUUCCAGGCUAUCUCCAACUCUGGCAUUCACAAUGAGAAUAUUAAGGAUCAGCCAGCCUUACUGGCCAAGUGGUCAGCUCUGCUGCGGGGAAAGCGCCCGUUUCACCCAUCCAUCCAGGUCUUAGCGCCGAGCCAAUUCCUCAUCACUGUCCCUCUGCGUGGCCUGACUGGGUACAAGGAAAACCAAAUCCGACACUGGCGUUAUUACACUGUGCAUGGAGCCAAGCUACUCUCCUCUGUGCGGGACCCUGAGGAGCUGCAUCAAUGGCUCGAGGUGGAACAGUUCUCAAAAAGCCUUCAGCAGUGGCACGAAACGGAUGUGAACAUUGAAGGUGAUCUGGUUCCAGCCAAAGUCCUUAUCGUCUUCCGAGAGCUGGUGGAAAAGUCAAUUGUUUCCUGUAACCUCUCCAAUAAAGUGACAGUGCUGGAGAGCUUCAGCUCAGUGGUUCGAGUUGCUGUGGAAACAUCAGAAUUCCAGGUUGAGGUGGAGUUGGCUCCUACAGUGGAGAUUCCAACUUGCUGGCCUGAGAAAGCCCGGUGGCCUCGUUGCCUCAAGCGUUGGCCAUCUCAGGAGAAAGUUCAGUGCAUCAAGUCACUUGGUUUUGACCUCUUGGCCCGCUCCAAUUAUCACUGGCAGCUGUGCUUCUCCCGUGCUGAGCAUAUACUCAUGGAAGGCCUUGACGAAGAUGGUGGUUGUCGCAUGAAAUGCUUCAGAGUCAUGAGGCAGAUGAAGGAGGAUGUCUGGUGUGCUGGAAAUAAACCCGUCAUCACAGCUUAUCAUCUUCAGACAGUGCUAUUCUGGACGUGUGAAAAAUACCCACGCACCAAGGAUUGGCGCUGCUUUCAUGAUGCCUUCCUGAGGCUGGUGCAGAAGCUGCACAAGUGUGUGAGCCAGCACUUCCUCAAGCAUUACUUUGUCAAGAACACCAAUUUGCUCAAAUAUGCCAACACCAGUGACCUGGACGUGGUGGCCAGCAAGCUCGCUGUCUUCUUAGAGAACCCCGUCUUCUGCCUGGACUAAGGUCGAAGAAAGCUUCUUCACCUCAACUUUGAGCAGUUUCCCACUUCUUCUCCUCAUCGGUGGUGUUCUUGUCCUUCCAGUAGGUGUUGCAGCUGGCUUUCUGAAGCAGUUGGCACUGAUGGCAUGAACAAAAUGUCAAGAUUGCAGAGGUGGGUGGAGAAAACUGAUGGAAGGCAUUGCUUGAUGCCCAGCUGAUCUAAUUUGCUUUCAACAGCAACAGCUUGCCUAGAAGCUACAGCCCAUGAAACUCAACCCUGUGUCAGUCAGAGCAGCAACUGCCUCAUUCUCUGCCUCCAGUCUUGUGGCACAUAAGCAGAAAAAUGGUGCAAAGGAGUCUCACACUGCUGCCUACCUGCUGUGCAACCUAGCACAUGGAUGGUGGCUGCCUCCUCCUUCCUCACAAGGACAGUGAGUUUAAUUCGUAGGAUCAUAGAAUGGCUUGGGUUGGAAGGGACCCUAAAGAUCAUUCCCUGCCAACCUUGUAGGCCAGCUCUGCAGAAUAACAGAGGAACACUAUUUUGGAGGCAUGCCAAAGGUGGAAGCCUUUUCUGAGACAGUUUGUGAUGCUUCCAUCUACAGUCAAAUGGGGUCCUGCUCCUGUACAAAGAUAACCCUGCCAGUAGUAUUGAAUAGCUCAAGGGAAGCAGGAGGAAGAAUCUUGGUUUUUUUUUCUUGACUCCUCAGUUUUUUUCUCCUCCACCUCCAUUUUUCUUCCUGUUACUUCAAAUAUAUUUUUCUUUGUGUUUGCCAGUUCUGUUAGUGCCAUACAAACAGGGGGGCUUGGCCAGAACAGAUUUCAUUUGCACCCCUGGCCCCACCCAGCAGGCUGGAGGAGGAGUGGGUCUUUCCCUAGUUUUAAGCAUCCAUGUCUUCUGGGGUGUUGCAUAGGAAGAGAAUAUUUUUUCAAGGGCUCGUAGCUCCAACGUUCCCAGUGCUUUUAAUAUUAAGAAAAGAAAAGAAGUUUUAGGGUUUCAGAAGAAACAAGUCCAUCAGAAGACGGGUGGCCAGCAGGGACAGGGAGGUGAUUGCUCCCCUCUACUCUUGUGAGGCCCCAUCUGGAGUGCUGUGUCCA